AUGGGGAUACAACACCUUUUGCUACUUUUGAUAUAUUUGGACCCGCUGAAUGUAUUGUGCGCAGCGACGGGAAAGAAGAAUAAGAACGUCCCCAAGCGGAAUCAGAAGGCGAAGGAGUUGAACGGCACCGUCGUCCCGACGGCGACUCCGCGCAGGAUCACGCAGGUCCAGCCGCCCGCCACCGGGAGCCACGAAACGUGCCUGGGCUACUACGACGUGAGCGGGCAGUUCGACAAAGAGUUCGAAUGCAACAACACCGACCACCGCUACUGCUGCGGGAGCUGCUUCCUCCGCUUCUGUUGCCAGUUUAAGGGGAACCGCUUAGACCAGAAGACCUGUACAAACUACAACACACCUGAGUGGGUGAAAACGCAGCCGCCCUCACCUGUGCCGACAGGUGAGAUUUACGAUCCGAAUCUGGAUCAAACGAACACGACGGUCUACAUCACCUGUGGGGUCAUAGCUUUCAUUAUCACCCUUGGGAUUUCCGCAAAAGUGGCCUACGACAAAGCUACGCGACCCCCGCAGGAGAUGAACGUCCACAGGGCCCUGGCGGACAUUUUGAGGCAACAGGGGCCAAUCCCGAUAUCGCAGUACGAGCAGGAGAACAUGGCCGCCCUGGACGGCUCGCCCAAAGAGAACACGCCGAUGAGGACCGCCAAGAACCACUACACGCCCGUCCACGCCAUAAAGCCGAACCACGGACACUACGGGAAGGAGAACUUCCGGAGCGGGGUUCCGGACCACAACUUCAUCUCCUCCGGCUUCGUCACGCUGGGCCGGGGUCCGCUCAAAGCCCAGCACUCCGUAGACAUGGGGGGGCCACUGUCCUGGCAGGACGAGCUUGACGUGCCUACCACCUACAGUGACCACCAAUACAAUUACAAUCAUCUGGAGCUCACCCAUACACCGAAAAUUGAGAAAAAGCGGAUGAACCACAUCCUGACCUCUCAGACAGAGCCGUAUGACCUGUCCUUCUCCCGGUCCUACCAGAACCUCUCCCACCUGCCACCAUCCUACGAGAUCGCCCUGAAACCAGACCUCACGGAUAAGGACGUGGAGGACUACUACGCGCGUAAGCGGCGUCUCCAGCACGCCAUCACCGUGUGCCAGGAGCCGGACCUGCACCCCCCUCGGCACCGGCAGAGGCCCCGCCGGGUCCAGCGGGCCCUGUCCCAGGACCACGUGCUGUCCCCCGAGCCCACGCCCACCCACCGGCCCUACGGCCUGUCCUCCUACGCCGGGAGGAUCCUGUCGGAGGAGCAGCUCCUCUCCGCCGACCGGCUGCACUCCCAGGACCCCCUGCUGUCGCCCGACGGCAUGCUGUCACUCAAGCGCGCCAACUUCCGCGAGAAGGCGCUGAUGUCGCGCGCCCUGUCCCACACGGACAUGUUCGUGCCCACCACGCCCGUCAUGGACCGCUACAAGAUGACCAAAAUGCACUCCCACCCGGUCGCCGCGUCCAACAGCGACUACAACACGCUGACCGUCAACCACAACCCCACCGCGUCCAAGAGGCAGGCCUUCGCCUCCCGCCGAACCCACACCGUGGACCACCUGCAGUACAUCCCCGGCCACACGGCCCACCCGGCCCACGCCCCGCACACGCCCCACCACUACCGCACAGCCAGCAAGACCGAAGUAACUGUCUGA